GGGAGCGCAGAAGUGAGCGCCGAGUCGGUCCCGGUGGCGGUCGGUGACCUUCGCUCUGCCCCGCGACUCCCGGCGGGGACGUUCUGCACUGGGAGGGGGAUUCGUUCCCAUCCCGCUGUCUCCGUGGGUUGAUUGGUUCGGAUCCCCACAACCCCAAGAAGAAGCAGGACCUAGACAAGCUUUAUGAUCUAAAACCUAAAGCCCAACAGAUUAUGAACCAGUUUGGCCCUUCUGCCUUGAUCAACCUCUCCAGCUUCUCCUCGAUCAAGCCAGAACCAGCCAGCACCCCCCCCCAGACCUCCAUGGCCAACAGCACCACUGUGGCAAAGAUGCCAGGAGCACCCAGUGGAGGAGGGCGGCUCAGUCCUGAAAGCAACCAGGUUUUAACCAAGAAGAAAUUGCAAGACCUGGUGCGUGAGGUGGAUCCGAACGAGCAGCUGGAUGAAGAUGUGGAAGAAAUGCUGCUACAGAUCGCUGACGACUUCAUUGAGAGUGUGGUGACAGCCGCCUGCCAGCUUGCACGGCACCGCAAGUCCAACACUCUGGAAGUCAAAGAUGUCCAGUUGCACCUUGAGCGCCAGUGGAACAUGUGGAUCCCGGGCUUUGGUUCUGAAGAAAUCAGGCCCUACAAAAAAGCCUGCACUACAGAAGCUCACAAACAGAGAAUGGCACUGAUUCGCAAAACUACCAAGAAAUAGCCCCCUGGACAGAGCUGGAGACACCACCAGUGCAGUUUGGGAUACCUGCCGCUCCACUGAAGCCUCCAUGAUGUCACCUGUGGGAUAUUUUUUUAAUGCUUUACAGAGAAGCAUCUAUUUUUUAUUAACAGUGCAGCAAUAUCUUGACUUGAUGAGGAGACCUGCCAAAAACAUUCUACGCCCUCUUCUCGUUCCUCCUCAAAGUGUGACAUAUCUCAAACAGACUUUUAUUUGUGACUUGAAAGUGGUUUAUUGUACAAGUGAUUAUCCAAGGGACAGAGCAUUUGAUCGUGUGUGGGACAGUAUUAGAAGCGUCUGUAGAGGUUUUUGUUUCCUCCUUCCUGCCCCUACUUGCUCCAGUACUUUGUAAUGUCAGUGUUUAUAUAAAUACUUGCAUUUGUUUUACAUGAAUAAAGAAAUUAUUCUAA